AUGAGUGAGCUGAACUCAAUGGAGGUUGAUACGACCGAAACGAUACAGGAUAUUGCUAUUAAGUUGGUAAAGGAGCAGCUUAGUAACGAAUCCUGUCUCGCAUCCGUACCAACAGAGCGAACAAUCUUUGUGCUCGGAAGUAAAGGAGUGGGUAAGUCUACGCUAAUUAACCGGUUCCUCGAUCGAGACGAUGUACCGAGACCGACGCUUGCACUGGAGUACUCCUUCGGACGGCGAACGGCAACGGGCCAGGGGGCGCAGAAAAACAUAUGCAACGUUUGGGAGCUAGGCAGUUUGGCAAACUCUAGUCAACUGAUCGAAAUGCCCAUACGCUCCCAUGGACUGGACACGUUUUCGAGCCUCAUAAUGCUGGACUUAUCGCAACCCGAUCGGCUCUGGACGGACCUGGAAAGCGUUUUGAACGGGCUCAAACGAGCGAUUUCGAAGAACGCAUCCCAGAAGCAGAUCGAAGACAUGAAGGCACAAACCGUGCAGCGUAUCGGCAAAGACCACCCCGAUCGUGCCACACUGGAGCUCUUCCCUUUUCCGAUCGUCAUCGUCGGCGGUAGGUACGACGUUUACCAGAACCUGGACUCGGAAAUACGGAAACAUGUUUGCCGGUGCCUGCGAUCCAUCGCCCACACCCUCGGCGCAGCGUUGGUGUUUUACUCCUCGAAGAACUCUUCCCUCGCAAAGCUCACGCGCGAUACCAUGAACCACCUGGGCUUUGGAAGUCCGUCCAAUCCCUUCCGCACGCCGUCGUUCGACCAUGGCGGGCCGCUAGUGGUUCCGUUCGGGGCGGACUCCUGGGAACGCAUCGGAGUGACACCGAGCAACUCGGAACGCAUCGGGCUCAGCUUCAGUACGCAAAUACCGCAGAUUACGAUGGCGAACGGUAUCCUGCCCGACGAUCCGGCCAAGGAUGCCGGAUUUAGGGAGCCCACAAUCGACGCCCAACGUUCCCAAAAAGACGAUGAACUUAUGUACGUGCUGAAGGACACGGAGAUUCGAAUGAAAUUUGAAGUUGUGCAGUAG